CUAGACUUGCUGUCUGAACAUCUUUUUGUGAAAGAUAAGGUUUCAAGGUUGGUUGUAGAGAUGAUAAAGCGAGAAUGGCCUCAGCAGUGGCCUGGCCUCUUAGACGAACUUCAUCAGCUUUCUCGCCGUGGUCCAACACAGACUGAACUAGUGCUGUUAGUUUUUCUUCGCAUUGCAGAAGAUGUUGCCACAUUACAGAACUUGGAAUCAAAUCAGCGGCGCAGAGACCUGUAUCAGGCUUUAGCUGCUAAUAUGGAGUCAAUAUUUGGAUUCUUUCUCGGCCUCUUGGAAGAAAAUUUCACAGAAUAUGAAAAUGAUGUGAGACUUGACAAAAAAGAAGCUUCUCAGCAACACUGCAGGGUUGUCCAGGUGGUACUUAUGACUCUAGCUGUUUUUGUGGAGUGGGUCUCUGUUCAGCAUAUAUUUUCUCAAGAUGCAAAGCUUUUGAAGUCACUCUGCCUUUUCUUAAAGCAUGAUAGUUUGAAAAUGGAAGCCUCAGAAUGUCUGUUACAGAUUGUGAGCCGGAAGGGGAAACCAGAUGAACGUCGCCCUGUUCUGUUACUCUUUCACAAGGAACCCAUGUCAGCCAUCUUUGAGGCUGCAGUUCAUGCUGUUAAUGGACCUCUCAGUGAGGGGAAUUACAGAUUUUUGAAGACACUUACUCAGGUUCUUACCGUGUUAGGCAGUCAGCUUUGUGGUCUUUGGGGGAAGGAAGUUGAUGUUACAGAGCCAGCAAACUUUAAUAUAUAUCUUAAAGUAAUUCUGACUUUUUCCAGUCAUCCGAGCCUUAGUAUCUAUAACUACACUAAUAGCCUUUGGGGCCAGAUGUUUCGCCAUGAGUCUAUAUGUGAAAGUGAAGCUUUUAAAUCCGUCAUUCCGUCAUGGAUAGAAGUUGUUUCUCUAAAGGUUGUCAAGCAUGGGUACCCCUCGAAAAAUGAUUCGGACAGUUGCCAGUAUUCACGCUUCGAUUUUGAUUCAGAUGAAGAUUAUUCUCAAUUCUUUUAUAAGGUGCGAGCUGAAAGUCUGGACGUAAUUAAAGCUGCGUCUGUCAUAGCGCCUGUCACCAUGUUUUCGUAUGUAGAGCAGCUAUUGGCACAGCAGAUACAGAAACCUAUUGACCCGGGACCCAACGCUGAGAAGCAGCUGUGCAAUUUGUUUUCACCGUCCUUCUUACAAUGGGAUGCUGUCUCACAGAUAGUGGAAAGCGUUAUGGGUCGUACAGUACAAAGUGAUCGAGCUAAACCAAAUGCUGAAAGUGGGGUAAAGCUACUACAACAGUGUCUUGCAUAUGAGACAGUGGAUCCACUCAUACUGUCAACGCUGUUAUCGUGUAUCUCUGGUCUUUUUGUGUUUGUGAGGACUGUCCCUGCAAUGUUGAUGGAAGUUCUUAACAAGAUAUUUUCUGCCCUAACUUUCUCAUUGCCUGGACAGACUAAAGAUUCCCGCAGCAGGACAGUUAAAAAUGUUCGAAGACAUGGCUGUUCACUCUUGGUGAAAAUAGCUCGAAGUUAUCCAGACGUUUUGAUAAAUGCAUUUGAUUUUAUCAAUGGUGUCAUUGAAAGUUUGAGUCAUGACCCGUUAGAGUUAUCACAAAUGGAAAAAGUUACUUUAAGUGAGGCGUUAAUACUUAUAAGUAAUCAAUAUAUAAAUUUUGAGAAACAGAGUCAUUUUAUUGGAAAGAUUUUAAAGCCUGCAUCAGACUUUUGGCUUGGUGUGAAACAGCAGUUUAGUUCGCCUUUGGAAUUCAUGUCCUUUGUUGGGUUGGACAAAGCCCCUGUUGAACCAAGUGAAAAUGAUGUUAAUGGCCAGAAUAGAGCGCAGAUAAUAUUCAGUGUCAAUCUCAUAUUAGCUGUGAUAAAGCGAUCAGAGUACCCAUCAGACAAUGAGUAUGCAGACCGAGGAGGAUUCAUACUAAAGAGAACAGAAAAUGGGACAGUGAUGUGUCGCAAUCCAGCUACUCCGUACAUUCUGCCACUGCUGCCACAGCUCUUUUGUCUGGUGCGGCUAUUCAAUACUUUGUGGCAUCCAGAUGCCCUUGCGCGGGUUUCUACUGGGUAUGCCAAAGCUCACAUGUUGCCAGAAUCUGAAAAAAAUAACAUAUUAGGCCUUAAUUCUGUCAAUCCAUCGGACCCUUAUAGUGAUCUACCAAAGGUACAACAUCCCCUUGAACGAAUGCAAUACUUUUUGUCAAUGGUCCACGAUCAUUCCUAUCACAUUCUGGGAAAUGCAGGAGCUUCCUUAGGCGCAGAAUUUUACCAACAACCUCAUGUUGCAGAAUACUUGAUCCACUCUUCGUUUGCUAACUUGCACCUUAUCCCAGAUUAUAGAAUACGACCGAUUAUUCGAACUUUUUUGAAGCCUUUCAUUCAGUCGUGUCCUGCAGAAUAUUACAGGCCUGUCUUAUUGCCAGUCCUUAAUCAUCUGUGUCCAUAUAUGUUGGAAAGGCUUAGUGGUCGCUGGGAUCACCUAACAAAUGUUGUUGAAAGUGAUUCACAGGAAGAGAAUCAGGAUGUUCAAGAAAUAUUGGAGGACUUGCUGAUUCGAAUGCUUACAAGAGAAUAUGUUGAUCUUUUGAAAGCCGUUCUGAUGAGUGGACAGCGUGGAGUGACAUUUGAUGCUCCUGAAGUAAUGGAUGCUGACAUGGAGAUUGCAAUAUCGUCUUCAUCUAACAAUGACAUGUUGUCAGAAUUAGGUGAACUAGUCUUGGGCUGUGAUACUAUUUGUCAAUCCAUUGUAACUACACUUUUAAAGUAAGUCAGAAUUUCCUUAGUUUGUGCAAUUGCGUCUUUACAAUAGUGAAACCUCAUAUUUUACUUUGGUACAGGGACUUGUUAAUUUUUUUUUUCUUUCUUAUGUUUUCUCUGGCACUUUGAGGAAGUUCUCAUCAUUGAAUACAGUCAUUGUAUUGAAAUCAUUAUAGCAGCAGGAAGUGAAUUUCAUAUUAAGGAAUCAGAAAGCAGUGGAAAGUGUUCAAAAGCGUUUCGUUUUUGCUUUUGUGCUUCGUAUCUAGUGAACUGAAAUUUACGUAUUAUUAACAUAACCACUUAAUUAGUUGCUGUAUGAAAAAAGUCAACUGUCUAAAUCCACAUGGGCACAUAGGAUGUGUAUACUCUCUUCUUGUUAGAGUUAGCUCUAUGUAUAGUUUUCAAUUAUUCCUCUCUCAGUAUGAGAAUGAAAUGUGACAUUACUCAGUACUCAGUUUGGCCAGUCUACAUUCAGGCAGAAGGGAAGACAGUUUUGUCAUACAUUCUGAUGGGAUUUUUUUUACUUGGCCUCCUUAAGUCAUUUUAUAAUUUUUAUAAUUAGUAAAUAGUUUAACCAGUCUAAAUUAACAUUCAUAGAUCACAUGUGGCUGGCUUGAUAAGUGUGUGUAUGCAGUUAUAGUUACAACAUAAUGUAGAUUUUUUAGGUAUUGUUAUAUUGUCCUAAUUUCUUAGAAAUAAUCUAUGAGGCAUUGUUCAUGAAGUAUUUGGAAGGUGGGUCCAGCUUUUUGUUAUAAUUCAGUUGGAGGUUUCAUGUGUAUUGAUUUAUGGACUGAUUCUUUAAUGUAGCAUAUUGGUAGCAGCUUUGACUAGUACACACCGAUCACUCCCAAUUUUGCAUCCCUCAGUGUGUAUUUACCCCUUUCAUAAUGUAUUUCUCAAAUUUUACUCUUUCUGUGUCUCUUGUUGACUGUCAUAUUUUGUUAUGCUUUUUUAUUCAUUUACAACCUUGAUAUGAGUGUGUUUGUUUUAACAUUUACAAAUGGUAUAUUAGUAUGUCAAUUUUUUGUAUAUUUAAGCUUUGUUGUUUAUGAGGACUUCUUUUGAACAGUAGGCUUGUCCUUGAAGAUAUUCUUUCUAAAAUUUCAUGUAACAAAGUACCUACAGUGUGUGUGUGUACGAGGUACAGUGUGUGUCAGCAUUUUGUGUAUAACUGCCUACACUAUGCAUUUUACCUUUCAUCCAAUCUUUUUCCGUUGAUCUCACUUGCUGUCCCCUCAGUGUUCUUAAAACAGUUUCUCUGAUGAUGAAUUAAUGACCCUGGGGCACUUAGUUUUAUGGACACUAGUAUUAGUUUUAUGGUCGAACAGAACUAGGGGGUUGAGAUAGGGUGGCAGGCCUCCCCAUUCUAAAACUGUGGUGACCUAAAAUGUCCAAAUAAAGAAUAAGCUCUGUUGCAAAGCCUUGCAUGUAGAUUUGGUUCCAAUCUAGACAUUUUGAUAGCCAUGAAGACUAGGGUAGAAAUUACAUUCACUGAAACAGUUAUUCUAAAGUCAAUUACGUGUUUACCUAACACGUAUUAUUCUUAUAUGUGACUUCAGAUGGCUGUGUUACUAAUAAACAUCCUUUAUGAAUAAGUAGAAGACAUCAUGAAAUAAAGAACAUGACCCAUUAUUAAAAUUCUUUAUUUAUGAAUAAAGAGUUCAUGAAAUGCACUACAUGACAUAUGAGCCAAUCUGAAUGUAGAGUGCAGUAUACGUAGUCUGAAAAUGAGAUUGUCGCUGUAAAAAAUAACAGUGAUAACUUUUUCAGUCCAUCAUAUUACCGAGAUAUUUAUGAAAUAUUAGAUUCCAGACCAGUUGGUCCAAAAUCUCAAAAAGCUUGCUUGUAUUGAUAAAAUGUAGACUUUCAUAGGUUGCAGUCCUUUUAGCAUUUGAUGAUAGAUAAGCAGAAAAUGAAGAUUCAUACAAAAAUAUUUUUGUGUUUCCAAAGCAUGGCAUGAGCUGGUGAUUGAAUUUUGUACAUUCACAUAUUGUAUUUUUAACUGGUAAGUCAUGUUGACUAUUAACCCUCUUAUGCCGACUGGAAGUAUUUUACGUCGACAUUUUUUGUCUCCCGUGUGCCGACUGGACGUAUUUUACGUCGACUUACAAAAGUUUUUUUUUUAAAUUCGCAGAAAAAUACUUAUAGGCCUACCAGCCUAAAACUUUUGAAUCACGCGCCUUGGGGGAUGCUGGGAGUUCACGGAUCAAGGUGUUGUUUUGUUUACAAUCGUUACGCAGCCGCGCAAGCGCGAAUUUCUUUCUUGCCGCACUAAAAAGUAUCUGUGACACAUCUUGGAAAUUAUUUAGUCGCUUUGACAUAAUUUUUGUACCAUUGUAAAUUAGCCGUUACAUGAAGUAUUAUAUAUGAAAAUGUGCGCAUUUUUAUUUAGAAUACAACAAUAAAAUACUCAUGAUUGUAGCUUUUAUCAGUUUUGAGAUAUUUUCAUAUAAAUAACGAUAAUUGCCAAAAUUUCAACCUUCGGUCAACUUUGACUCUAACGAAAUGGUCGAAAAACGCAAUUGUAAGCUAAAACUCUUAUAUUUUAGUAAUAUUCAAUCAUUUACCUUGAUUUUGCAACUAAUUGGAAGUCUAUAGCACAAUAUUUCGAUUUAUGGUGAAUUUAUGAAAAAACUAUUUCUUUACGUCCGCUCGGUAACUUCCGAAAAAAAACAUACAUGCGAUUGUGGUAAUGUUUGCCCCGUUUUAAAAUAAGCCGUUAUAUAAAGUUUUAUAUAUGGAAAUGUGCGCAAUUUCAUGCACAAUACAACUAAAAACAACCCAUGGUUGUAGCUUUUAUCAGUUUUGAGAUAUUUUCAUAUAAAUAACGAUAAUUGCCAAAAUUUCAACCUUCGGUCAACUUUGACUCUACCGAAAUGGUCAAAAAACGCAAUUGUAAGCUAAACACUUAUAUUCUAGUAAUAUUCAAGCAUUUACCUUCAUUUUGCAACUAAUUGGAAGUCUCUAGCACAAUAUUUCGAUUUAUGGUGAAUUUAUGAAAAAAAUAACAUUUUUCUUUACGUCCGCGCGGUAACUCUUCCGAAAAAAUCAUACGUGCGAUUGUGGUAAUGUUUGCACCAUUUUAAAUUAGCCGUUACAUAAAGUUUUAUAUAUGAAAAUGUGCGCAAUUUCAUGUAGAAUACAACAAAAAAUAAUUGAAGGUUAUAGCUUUUUCUCAUUUUUGAAAUAUUUUGCAUAUAAAUCACGAUAAAUAGAAAAAAAACCACGUUCGGUCAACUUUGACUCUACCGAAGUGGUCGAAAAACGCAAUUGUAAGCUAAAACUCUGACAGUCUAGUAAUAUUCAGUCAUUUAUCUUCAUCUUGAAACAAAUUCGAAGUCUCUAGCAAAAUAUUUAGAUUUAUGGAGAAUUUAAAAAAAGUCUUUCCUUCCC